GCCUCCAAGCCAGCCAGCCUGUUUUGCUGCUGCUGCUGCUGCUGCUGCAUCCCAGGCUUGGAGGAGGCAGAAAGCAGGAGGACGCCAAGGACACAUUCUCGAUCCUCCCUUCUGUGUGCGGCCAAGUGCAAGGAUGGAGCCAGCUGAGGUUCCAGUCUCCUUUGAGGAGGUGGCCGUACAUUUUGCCAAGCAGGAGUGGGCUCUGCUGGAUCCGGGCCAGAGAGUGCUGUACCGGGAGGUGAUGAUGGACAAUUAUGGGAUGGUGGCCUCUCUGGAAGGGCCUCCAAUUUCUCAGCCUCGCCUCAUCUCCUGGUUGGAAGAGGAACCAUUUCUCCUGGAGUACUUGGCAGGCACUGGGAGAAUAUCCAGGGUGUGUUCCAGAUCCACUCCUCUUUGUGGUGAAACAGAAGGAGCUGUUCGGCCCUCUGCUCAGGCGUUGGUGUCCUUUGAGGAGGUGAGCGUGUCCUUCACCAAGGAGGAGUGGGCUCUGCUGGAUCCAGGCCAAAGGGCGCUGUACAGGGCAGUCAUCCUGGAGAAUUUCGGGAUGGUGGCCGCUCUGGCAGGAGAGGUGCGGGAGGCGGGAAACGAGAGAGGAGCGCAGGACGUGUUGGAGGAAACCGAAAAGUAUCCAGAGGAUGUGUGGAAUCCAGAUGGAAGGCAGAAACAGGAGAGAAACCAAAGAAAUAUGGAGAAAGACAAGCCUGUUCCUUAUCUAGAUGCUGACUUCCAAGAACUUCUUUUCUAUCAAACACAAGGGAGGAAGAACGAGUGUCCUGCUUGCGGGAAGAGAUUGUCAUCUAAGGCAGUCCUUGUUAAACACUGGAAAAUCCACACAGGGGAGAAACCCUUUAAAUGCCUGGAGUGUGGAAAGAACUUCAGUCAGAGUGGAGACCUUACUAAACAUCAAAGAGUCCACACAGGGGAGAAACCAUUUACAUGCCCAGAGUGUGGGAAGAGCUUCAGUCAAAAGACACACCUUGAUAAACAUCACAGAAUCCAUACAGGAGUGAAACCAUUUAAAUGCCAUGAGUGUGGAAAGGGCUUCAUUCAGAAGGCACACCUUGCUAAACAUCGAAGAAUUCACACAGGGGAGAAAUGCCUUGAGAGUGGAAGAAUUAGUUCAUAUCAUAGAAUUCGUGCUGAGGGAAAACCCUUUAAAUGCCUGGAGUGUGGAAAGAGCUUCAUUCAGAGGACAGACCUUGCUAGACAUCAAAGAAUUCACACAAGGGAUAAACCAUUUCAGUGCCUGGAGUGUGGAAGCAGCUUCAGUCGGAGGGAUGCCCUAACUGCACAUGAGAAAACCCACACAGGGCUGAAACCAUUUAAAUGCUUUGAGUGUGGAAAGAACUUCGGUCAGAAGACACACCUUGUUAAACAUCAAAGAAUCCACACAGGGGAGAAACCAUAUAAAUGCCUUGAGUGUGGAAAGGGGUUCAGUCAGAAGACACACCUUGUUAAACAUCAGAGAGUCUACACAGGGGAGAAACCGUUUAAAUGCCAUGAGUGUGGAAAGGCCUUCAGGCAGAGCGGAGACCUUAAUUCCCAUCUCAGAAUUCACACUGGGGAGAAACCAUUUCAGUGCUCAGAGUGUGGAAAAACCUUCAGUCAGAAGACAGACCUUGCUAAACAUCAAAGAAUCCACACGGGGGAGAAACCCUUUCAAUGCUUGGAGUGUAGUAAGACUUUCAGUCAGAGGACACACCUUUCUACACAUCAGAGAAUCCACACUGGGGAGAAACCAUUCAUAUGCCUGGAAUGUGGAAAGACCUUCAAUCAGAGUGGGCACCUUACCUCUCAUCAAAGAAUCCACACAGGGGAGAAACCAUCCAGAUGCCUCGAGUGUGGAACAAACUCCAGCCAGAGCGAACACCUCACCUCCUGCGAUUGCAUCACUGCUGUCUUGCAGAUUGGGCAAGGUGCAUCAGCCAACACUGCGGGCAUCCCUUUUCUUGUCUCCUAACCCUGGGAAAAGCAGGCUCCAAGGUGAUGAGCCUCUUCUUCUUAGAUCUGAGUACUCUGGUAGUGUUGCUAAAUGGUUAGGCCACGUAAGUAAAGGGGGGAAAAACAUUACAUGAUUUUGGCUAACCUACAUUGAACUCUUGGAAGUGAGUUACUCCCACAUCGCACCCUUGGUUGGAAGACGUGUCGCCGACGUUUUUCCUUUUUUAAAUUUUUUAAAUUUGCAAUGACAAAUUUAAAUCCAAUGGUUGACAGGGUUUCCCCCACUUUAUAUACAAAAAAUAUAGGUGGGAAUAGAAUCCAUUGGCUGCUUGGAUAUUUUCGUGAUGAUUCUUCAUAAUAAAAAAUUAU